UUUGCGCUGCCCACUUAACUAGUAAUAUCCUCAGGGCGGGUGUUCUACUCUCAUUUAUUCCUAAUUACUUAUCACAAUGCAUCGUUAUACCUCACCGUAGCACAACUGACAUGGAUGUGUCCGGUAAUAUUAACAGAAGGCCCAAUCCAUUGGAAAAGGCGGGCAUUCUCUCCAAGAUUUCUUUUGGGUAUGUUUGGAGUACGUUGAGAGAAGGACUAAGGAAGGAUUUUGAAGAAGAAAAUCUCUACGGAAUCGGGAAACAGUUCGACGCUGCUCCUUUGACUGAUCGCUUGGAACAAGAAUGGAAUAUAGAGAAAAAGAAAAAGAAGCCAACCAUUUAUAUGCCAGUUCUGAAAAUAUACGGUCCCAUUUAUUUAUUCUACGGUUUAUGUUACCUGGCCAUGAGUUGUUCCGGAUCCUUACUUAGACCACGUUUGAAAGGAAAAUUUGUUUCCUACUUCAGCCCAAACCAAACUGAGCUAACAGAGACGGAUGCUUAUUAUUACGGCGGAGGUUUAGUGGGAUUCACUGCGCUUUACACAUUGUUGCUGCAUUACUAUUUCUUCGCCAAUGAGAAGAUCGGUUUGAAGAUUAAGGUGGCAAUAGCGGGAUUGAUCUACAGAAAGUCGCUCAAGCUUAAACUAACAGCGACAUCGGGGAAAAAAACUGGAGACGUCAUCACCUUAAUCACGAAGGACCUGUUAACUUUAGACGAAGCGUGCCACAUUGCAAAUCACUUCUGGGUGGGAGGAAUUCAAGUGAUUAUACUAACGUGGAUUAUGUACCAAGAACUGGAAGUUUCGGCACUGAUCGGUACCGGGGUCUUUCUUCUGUCUCUGCCCAUACAAAUGAUCAUCGGAAGGACCAUCGGUAAGUUCCGGAAGAGAACCGGGGAAAAAACGGAUCAGAGAGUUAGAACCACCCAAGAGGUAAUAACUGCAUUACGAACUAUUAAAAUGUACACCUGGGAAUCAUUUUUUCUCAGAAAAAUCCAAGACCAAAGAACAAAGGAGAUAUUCGAUUGGAGGGUUUUGUCAAUUUUGAAAACCUUCUCUUACGGCUUAGCGAGUGUUGUUUCCAAAUUUAGUUUGUAUAUCGCCAUCAUGUCGUACACGGCCAUGGGAAAUAAUGUAACCGCCGAAAAGGCAUUCGUAGUAACGGGAUGUUUCGGUGUGUUAUCUCCAAUAUUAGUCCAUUUUAUACCGGGAGCAAUAUCAACCGUUUUGGAGGCGUUUGGGUCAGUUCAGAGGAUUAAUAAGUUUUUGCUCAUGGAAGAAGUGCAAACCGCCGUUAUUGCGAAGCAGGUGAUUGGAACUACUCCAAAAAUUAUGUUGAAACGGGCACAUGUCCUUGGAAGCGACGGGAACGACAUAAUCAAAGAUAUAACGUUAGAAGUGAACCCCGGCUUGACAGUUCUAAGUGGUAUGGUUGGAUCAGGUAAAUCCACUUUGAUGAAGUUGAUGCUUGGGGAUGUGUUUGAAGCUGGUGGCUCGGUUGAAAUCACCGGAACAUGUUCGUAUUCCUCACAAGAACCUUGGUUAUUUCCAAGUACGGUCAAGCAGAAUAUAAUUUUUAACGAAGCAUUUGACAAGCAGCGCUAUUAUGACGUGAUAAGGGUGUGUGAACUAGAGAAAGACAUACGCGUGUUUCCCGACGGUGACCAAACGCGUGUCAUUGAUAAAGGUCUCAAUUUGAGCAGGGGGCAAAAGAUGCGAAUUAAUUUAGCACGCGCAAUUUACAAAUCUGCAGAUAUUUAUUUGCUGGAUGACUGCCUGUCGUCCGUUGACGAUCACGUGGCGAACGCGAUAUUUCAAAAUUUGAACAAAUUUUUAAGUGGAAAGAUCUGGAUUUUAAUUACGUUUAAAGAAUAUUUUCUAAGCAGGGCUACAAACAUUAUCUUGUUAGAUGGUGGACGCAUUGCCUUCCAAGGGGGCUACAAAAAUCUAAUAAAUUCCAUCGAUUACGUGCCCAGUUUCAUGGGAAAUCGGAAUGAGAUAACCGUCAAUCAUCAACACGAUGAUGUAAAGGAACUGAUGGCGUAUGAGGAACUCGAAGAGGGGGAGGAAAGUACGUUACUACCCACGUUGACCAAAAACAUCUAUGCUGAAUUUACAAAUAAGGGGACAGUAACUAAAGAUGUCUACUUCAGCUAUAUUCGCGUAGCUGGAGGUGCAAAGGUGUUUAUAUUUGUCAUCGGAUUCUCCAUAGCGGCACAAGCUAUUUACACUUCGGCCGACUAUUUUGUAAGCGACUGGGUGGAUGUGGAACAUAAAAUGUCUAUGUCCCGAAUAAAUCAGACCACAGCGUCGGAGGACUAUCAAAAUUUGGAAUCUACGAGGAACACAAUUUUAACCAACUAUUCUUUUGCUAUAAUUGGAAUAUUCCUUAUGUUCAUAACAAAAUCCGCAGCCUUUAUUUACUUCUUCAGUCAAGCGGCCAAAAAUAUACACAGAAUCAUUUUGAAUAGCGUCGUGAACGCCUGUAUGAAAUUCUUUGAUGUCAAUCUAUCGGGAAACAUUAUAAAUCGAUUUUCACGUGAUUUGGGAAUAAUAGAUGAAGGACUUCCGAUGAACAUCUUUGAAUUUGUAUCGAUACUGAUCACGUUGGUAUCAAUAUUAUUUGUAAUAUCAACAGUCAACCCCUGGUUCCUAAUACCUUCCACGAUACUGUUAAUCAUAAUGGCUGUGGCGCGCUGGCUUUACAUUUCAACCAGUAGAAGCAUGCGAAGAUUGGAAGGAGCAACAAGGAGUCCUCUAAUCGGACAACUGAACGCAACCCUAGAGGGAUUAACAACGAUACGGGCGAGCAAGGCUGAGAAGGUUUUGAAGGACGAAUUCGAUCGGCAUCAAAACCUGUACAAUUCAGUAGUCUUUGUAAAUGUUACGAUCUCGAGAGCGCUCGGGUUUUACUUGGACUUCAUCUGUUGCAUUUACAUAGCGAUUGUGGUCCUCUCAUUUUUGAUAUUUCGCAUCGAUAGCAUCGCUGGUACAGUCGGGCUGGUGAUCACGCAGGCGGUGUACUUAACGGGAAUUUUGCAAUGGGGCGUCCGCCAAUGGGCAAAUCUCGAAAAUAACAUGACAUCCACGGAGAGGGUGUUGGAGUAUGAGAAAGUCGAGCAGGAGGAUCAAUCUGGAGAUAAUCCGAAGAAAUGGCCCACUAAUGGAAAAAUAACUUUCACAAAUGUUUCUCUACGCUAUUUCCCUACAAGUGAAAGAGUUUUAAAGGAUAUUUCAUUCGAAAUUAGUUCCAAAUUUAAAAUUGGAGUCGUGGGCAGAACUGGUGCCGGUAAAACUUCAAUAAUAUCGACAUUGUUUAGACUGUACGACUUCAGAGGGACGAUAACUAUUGACGGUGUCGAUAUAAACUCUCUCUCAAUGCCACUGCUACGAUCUCAAAUCUCUAUUAUACCACAGGACCCUGUGCUAUUCACUGGAACAAUUCGAAGCAAUCUAGAUCCUUAUAAUUUUUACUCCGAUAAUGACCUAUGGUCCGCUUUGGAAGAAGUUGAUAUGAAAUCGAGCAUACCAGACCUAGAGUAUGAUAUCAGAGACGGAGGAGCCAACUUCAGCAUCGGACAGAGACAACUUAUUUGUUUAGCGAGAGCCAUUGUGAGAAAUAAUAAGAUCUUAGUGCUUGACGAGGCCACUGCAAAUAUGGACCAGAAAACAGACAACCUAAUUCAAUCUACCAUAAAGCGAAGGUUCCAAGACUGUACAGUUAUUACCAUAGCGCAUAGGAUAAACACCGUUAUGGAGGCUGAUCGAAUUUUAGUUAUGGAUUUAGGUCAAAUUUUAGAGUUUGACAACCCACAAGUACUUUUAAAUAAUAAGGACGGUCACUUUUACAAAAUGGCGUUUGCUGCCGGAAUAAAAGUUUAAUUUUUAUGCUGUAUUUUUUGUUAAAAAAUAAAAUCUUGUUAUUGC